AUGGAAGAAUACAUCGGUGCCAAUCUAAUUAUCAAGACUCCCAAUGCUAUUCAUAUAGGUAUCUUGCAAAGAAUAGACAGUUUAAGCCAAAAACUACAUAUUGAUGUUUCUGGGGCUUUAAAAGUGAUAGAUCUAAGGGAAAUAGAUGAAGUUGAGUUAUUAGGAGAGGAAGAAGUGCAAAGUUUACAAGAGAUAGACAGGCCAAUUAGUUCAACUACCAGUAAUUCAAGUGCAAAUAGUAUUUCAAAAACACAAUCUAAACCACAAUCUCAAUCAAAACACAUAUCUAAUCAGUCCAAUUCUAAUCCAAAUCUAGUUCCAGAGGAAAGGAAGCCUAGUAAGUAUCAGGCUCAGUUGGAUUGGGUAAGUGCCGAAAUGUAUCAGCAAGUCCUGGAGACAUCUGCUUCUAUUUAUGGACCCUCUAGAGAUGAAGUGAUCUUCUCUGGAGCUAGAGGGUUAUUACAUCUAGUGACUAAUAUUUUCAAAUUCUCUGAUAAGCAUGUUAUUAUGUAUAUUGGUAAUGGUAUCUUUGCUGAGAUAGCAAUUUCUUUAGCUAGGUUGUGUAUUCCUUAUGAGGUUGAUGUUUCGGUUGUUUUAAUGGAAGAACCAACUGCUCGGAUGGCUACUCAUUUAUUCUAUUAUAAACAUUGUGGGGGAAAGAUGGCUGAGUGUCGAACCGAUCAAAGUGUGAUUAUUUUAGCUGACGUCAUAGCUAGUGAAGCGAUGAUUAGUCGGGCUGAGAAAGUUAUGUUUUUAGGUGAGUAUCAGAAUAUUCCUGGGCUUAAUCAGGAAGUGGUUUUCUUUGGGAUGCCAAUUAAUGAUCCAGCUAAGUUUUCAGGAUCGGCUAUUCUUUGUGAUAUUGGCUUAUCUCUAGAAGUCUAUCGAGUAUUUGGUUUGAAGAAGUAUCGGCCUAAGCUACUGCAAAAACUAGCCAAGUAA